AUGGGCUCUGCUCACUUUGCUGCCCUGCUUCUGUGCGCCUGCAUGUUCGUCAGUGGAACCGUGGCAGCUAACCAGAACGGCAACCUCACAAGGCCAGCUGAGGUGCGCAUCGGUGCACUGUUCACGUUUGAUUCGGUUAUCGGAAAGGCGGUGAGACCCGCUAUCGAGCUCGCCGUUGCGGAUGUCAAUGCUGACCCUAGCAUACUCUCGGGGACGAAACUGAGUGUUCUUAUGCAGGACACCAAUUGCAGUGGCUUUGUUGGCACCAUAGAAGCAUUGCAGCUUCUGGCUAAAGAUGUAGUCGCCGUAUUAGGUCCACAAUCCUCGGCUGUUGCUCAUGUCAUUUCCCAUGCUGUCAAUGAACUCCAUGUCCCACUUAUCUCUUUCGCAGCCACUGAUCCUACCCUUACUUCCCUUGAAUACCCAUAUUUUGUGAGGGCUACACAAAGUGAUUACUACCAAAUGGGUGCUAUCGCCGCCAUCAUUAGUCAAUAUCAAUGGAAACAAGUCAUUGCCAUAUAUGUUGAUGAUGACUAUGGUAGAGGUGGCAUCACAGCACUAGGUGAUGCCCUUGCAAAAAGGAAGUGCAAGAUAUCCUACAAAGCUAAGUUGCCACCUGGUGCGGCAAACACUACUAUCAAGGAUAUCUUGAUGCAGGUAAAUGACAUGGAGUCUCGCGUCUAUGUUAUCCACGUUAACCCUGACUCUGGUCUUAACGUGUUCUCAGCUGCAAAAUCUUUGGGGAUGAUGAGCAGUGGCUAUGUAUGGAUAGCAACAGACUGGCUUUCUGCAGUGAUAGAUUCUUCUGUGCAUGGUAAUCCUGAUGUGAUGGAACUUACGCAGGGCGUUCUUGUGCUUCGGCAGCAUAUAGUUGAUUCUGAUAUUCAGCAUGCUUUUUUGUCCAAGUGGAAUAAUCUUACUAGGAAUGGAAGCUCUUACUUUAUGCAUGCUUAUGACUCUGUAUGGUUAGUUGCUCAUGCUUUUGAGCGGUUUCUGAGAGAAGGGAAUGCUAUAUCUUUUUCUGCUGACCCAAAUUUGCAAGCUAAAAAGGGAAGUAGCCUUCAGUUAGAUUCUCUCAGAAUUUUCAACAGUGGAGAUAAACUACUGGAGAAAGUGUGGAGUGCAAACUUCUCAGGGGUUUCUGGUCCAGUUCAAUUUACUUUGAAUCGAGAUUUGGUACACCCAGCCUAUGAUAUUCUGAAUAUUGGUGGUACAGGAUUAAGAACCAUUGGAUAUUGGUCAAAUUCUUCUGGUCUCUCAGUUGUUGCUCCAGAAAGCUUAAGUUCAUCAGCACUGGACUCUUCAGUGAACAACGUAGAACUCCAUAGUGUUAUAUGGCCUGGUCCGACUUCUGAGAAACCUCGCGGCUGGGUGUUUUCAUAUCAUGGGAAGCCAAUGAGGAUUGGAGUACCUCUCCGAACGAGCUACAAAGAAUUUGUUAUGCAAGACAAAAGUCCUGAUGGAGUAAAGGGCUUUGCAGUUGAUGUCUUCAAAGCUGCAAUAAGCUUGUUGCCCUAUCCAGUUUCAUACAAGUUUGUUUUAUUUGGCGAUGGUUUGAAGAAUCCUAGCUACAGUGAACUUGUUCAGAAAGUAUCUGAAAAUUACUUUGAUGCUGCAGUAGGGGACAUUGCUAUAGUGACGAAUAGAACAAGACUUGUUGAUUUUACCCAACCAUAUAUAGAAUCGGGUCUCAUCAUUGUAGCUCCAGCAAGGGUGAUUGAAUCAAAUGCUUGGGCUUUUCUGAAACCAUUCACCUUCCAGAUGUGGUGUGUCCUAGUUGUUAUAUUCCUCUUUGUGGGUGCAGUUGUUUGGAUACUUGAACACCGCACUAAUACCGAGUUUCGUGGACCUCCAAGGCAACAAAUUAUGACAGUGUGCUGGUUUAGUUUCUCUACCAUGUUCUUUGCACACAGAGAGAACACAGUUAGUGCACUUGGUAGAUUUGUGCUGCUUAUCUGGCUCUUUGCUGUGCUCAUUAUUAACUCAAGCUACACGGCAAACUUGACAUCACUUCUCACGGUUCAGGAGCUGACUUCAGGAAUACAGGGCCUCGAUAGCUUGAUCUCUAGUUCAAGUGCAAUUGGCUAUCAAGUUGGAUCUUUUUCCAGAAACUACCUCGUGGAUGAGUUCAAUAUUGCCGAGUCCCGUCUGGUGCCACUAAAUAGCCCAUCAGAUUAUGCAAGAGCACUAGAGCUAGGUUCAGGAAAUGGCGGUGUUGCUGCAAUAAUCGACGAACUUCCGUAUGUUGAGAUCUUCCUGUCAAAAUACUGCAAGUUCAAGACAGUCGGUCAGGUUUUCACAAAAAGUGGAUGGGGAUUUGCCUUCCCAAGAGACUCCCCUCUCGUUGAAGACUUGUCAACGGCAAUCCUGGCACUAUCAGAGAACGGCAAUCUCCAAAGGAUCCGUGACGAAUGGUUAAUUGGAACAGAGUGCAGUGCAGACAACAACGGUGCUGGGUCGAACUCCUUGAGCCUAUCAAGCUUCUGGGGCCUCUUCCUCAUCUGUGGCCUUGCAUGUCUCGUUGCUCUUGUAAUUUUCUCCCUUCGCAUCUUCUGUCAGUACAGCAGAUACAGUAACCAGGUUGAGGCUCAGUUUCCUGAGCCCCAACAGAUUCUAAACAGACCAGCAAGGUUAACUACCAUCAAGUCAUUGAUCUCUUUUGUUGAUAAGAAAGAGGAGGAGGUGAAGAAUGCUCUCAAGAAGAGACCAAGUGGCAGUCAGCAUCCAAGCAUUGGCAGUACGGAAGCACAAUCCACAUUACCACCUACAUCCACUGCAUAA